UGAUUCCGCUUCUUUAAAUCUCUCUUGACCUCGAUCUCGAUCAGAAAUCUGUAGUUGCUGUUCUUUGAGUCGAAAUUUCGAUUUUGGAGGGUAAAAUAGGGGGAAUCUUCGGCGGGUGGUUUUUCCGAUGGACAACGGCGGCAGAGGAGUGAGUGCUGGGUGCAUGAGGAUCAGAUGCUCUUCGCCGCGGAGGAUCAUGGCGCGGUGGUUCUCCUCGCAGGAGAAGGUCAAGGGGAAGACGGCUGUCGCGGAAUCCGGGCGGAGAGAUGGUGACGUGACGAAAAUCAGAUGCUCAGAGGGUGGUCGGAGAAUUGCCGAUCCGUUGGAUUGGGUGAUGGAGAGAACUGAUUCCGAGUUGCCAAGAAGGGAUUUUGUGUUCAAUGUUGGAGUGAGUUGUCUUCUGCUACAUCUAGUUGCUGCUGGUAGAGAAGAACUCCACAAGAUGGCCGGGCUGCGGGCCGAGUUGGAGAAGUUUCUUGAAAGUUUCAAGGAAGAACCGCCGAUAAAGAAUCGAGGGUUUCUCUCUGAGCCACCCGAGCAAAGCGGGGUCUAUGCGUAUUCCACCACGGAUGUUCAAGAAGGUCCUGAUUCUUCCAGUCACCCCUUUUCUCCACAGAUCUCUGCGACAUCGAUGAAUACCGUGCAAGAGGGAUAUCUGCAACACUAUCCGUGCCAUCGAGAAGAAGAUCUCGGGGGAGGAAUGGAUCGUCUUGAAGCAGAACUUGCAGCUGAGCUUGAACUUCUCCAGACUCGUUUAGACCCGGAGCAUAUGCAUUCUUCCAUUCAUCCCAAUCAGGAAUAUCUCGAGGACGCAGACAAGAUCAUUGGAGAAUCAGAUGGCUUCGGUUUCAGACCAACAGGUGUAGGAGAGGAGAAGAGUUUUAUUGACGAACAUGAACAUGGACUCAAAGGGGUUUCUCCGUACGAUCUGGAGAGAAGAUUGCACGAGUUGGUAGAGACAAGACAUGAAGAGCAGAUCAAAGAGCUCGAAGCUGCAUUGGAACUUGCGAAACAGAAGCUUCACUUGAAGGAAACAGAGGUUUCAUGGUGGAAAGACACUGCUUAUCUCGUGUCCGAACGGAUUCCAGAACCUUCUAGAAUCAGUUCCAACUUGAAGGGAAUCUCUGGAACUCACCCUCUCUCCAGGUGAUCUCAAUCAUGUUCCUUUUCCUUUUCAAUGAUGUAAAACCGUUGGACCACAUUAUCAAUGUAACUACUCAAACUAAACCUUUUGAUACAACUUUUUCUUGAACAAAUAAAUUUAUAAGAUUCCAUCAA